AUGUAUCGAUCAUACAGUCGAUACAUCGCUCGUUCUAAUCGAGCGACUGCUCGAUACAUUACUCGCAGAAGACGCAUCCGUCGUAGGCUGUGUGUCAAAGCAUCCCUCCACCGUCGUCGGAUCCUUUCGGUAGCGAAUGACCCAUCUGUCCAGUGGUGUGCUCUCGCAGAGUUGGAUGAUCCAAGAGAUUACUGGGUCUAUCCACGAAGCAACCACUGGUGGGACCGGAUAGUACUCCAAGUAUGGGACGACCACGAAUGGAUCUGCCGGUUCCGAAUGUCCAGGACCACCUUUCGUGACUUGGUUGCGGCGCUUCGUCCGCGUUUGGAGAGGCAAAGGACCACGAUGCGGGAACCCAUAUCAGUGGAGAAGAGGGUAGCAGUGGCGGUGUGGUUCCUGGCAAGCGGCUCCAGUUACCAGGUGGCGAGUGACAUCUUUGGGGUUGGGCGCUCCACCGUCUCCAAUCUUGUGGUUGAAUUCUGUCUUGCCGUCGAGCUGGAGCUGCUGUCAAAGACCGUUCACCUUGGGCCCCACGUUGGAAGGAUAAUGGAUGGUUUCCUGAAAUUGGGAAUGCCACACUGCAUAGGGGCUAUUGACGGGACACACAUCCCCAUAUGUUCACCAGGAGGCAAACCUGACCAAUACAGGAACAGGAAAAGUUUCUCCUCGAUACUUCUCCAGGGAACUGUGGAUCACCGGGGAUGCUUCAUAGAUGCGGAGAUUGGGUGGAGCGGUCGCAACCACGACGCCUUCGUCUUCACCCACUCCGCAUUCUGUGUCGCCAUGGACUCAGGGUCCUUUGUGCCGGGCAACCCAACCAUUUGUGUAGAUGGGGUACAUGUUCCACCCUUGGUACUUGCAGAUGGUGCCUACCCCAUGCGUCGUUGGCUGCUGAAGCCAUUUGGAAGAUAUGCAGAAACAGAGGCACACCGGAAAUUUGACAGGUGUCUUUCACGGGCGCGCAACCGGGUGGAGUGCGCUUUCGGCCGUCUAAAGGCCAGGUUUUGGUGCCUAUCCCACAGACUCCUGGCCAGAGAAAAAAAUGUGGUUUCCAUUGUCACCGCCUGCGUGGUCCUACACAACCUAUGUGAGGACAUGGGACACGAGAUUGUGGGGGAGGUGGCCAGUGUGGACCCGCUGCUCAUCUCCAGGGCGGCGGGACAAGACGAGGAAACGGUAGACAACUACCUGGAGCAGGGCAAGGCGGUGCGUGAGGUGGUGGCGAGUUGGAUGGCUCGCGGAUUCAUGCAAGGCCAGAACAAUUAG